AAUUUUGUUUAGUUGUUGGUUGUUUGUUGGUGAAGUCUCUUAAUGAACAGAGCAAAAUUAAUAAAAAGGAUUUAAAUUACGCAAUUUUUAUAAAUCCAUUUACGAGUCAACUAUUUUGGAGUGUAUUAUUAUAGUCACAAAGAAAUUUUGUUUUUUUACUAAGGAUUCAUGAUCGAAUAAGGUUUUCUCGUAGGUAGUGUACGCAUUAAUUAAUACACAAAGGAUCCGACUUCUGAAAGCAAAUACUAAAGUACCGUACUUUUUGUUCGAAAGUCAUGUCAACCGAUAAUAUUAUGGCUUCUUUCGAAGAUGACACUCAUCGAGGUGCAGACGCAGAAGAAGAUAAAAUCGCAGGUAAUCAAGUGAACCGUGACGACACUCAAGGAUUUUCCUCUCACACACCAAACAUGAUCAAUGAAAUGGAAGAGAAAAUGCGACGCAAGUUACAGUUUUUCUUUAUGAAUCCCAUCGAAAAAUGGAAGGCCAAGAGAAAGUUCCCUUAUAAGUUUGUUGUGCAAGUAAUAAAGAUUGUGUUAGUCACAUUUCAGUUGUGUCUCUUCGCUCACAACCGCUACAAUCAUGUCAAUUACACAUGGGACAACCGAAUAAGCUUUUCCCAUCUAUUUCUUCUGGGUUGGGAUUCGACACGAGAGAUCAAUGCCUACCCACCAGGAGCGGGUCCUUUAUCUGUGUACAAAGUUGAUGAAUUUUAUAACACCCUUGAUUAUGCAUAUGCUGGCUAUCUAAAUCUCAGCAAUGCUAUAGGUCCUUACUCAUAUAAUGAUGAAAACAAUAAAAGAGUAGACCCAGUAUUUUGCCAGUACAACUACAAGCAAGGAAUAAUAAACGGAUUCAAUGAAAGCUAUGAAUUCAACUCGGAGAUUGUUGAGACAUGUGUAACUUUUUAUGGAGACGAUUAUACUUCUUUCAGUUCAGAGAAACUGUUGAGAAAUUCAGCAUUGGACAUAAAUUUUGCUUCUUUGGUGCGGGCUAAAUUGAUGUUUUCCCUGAAAACUAUUAAUUUUAGAGCUGCAGGUCCUAUUACUCCUCCAGAUUGUUACCGAUUUGAUGUAGCAAUUAUAUUUGAUAAUGAAGACCAUGAUGGUCAGAUGUCUCUCCUUCUGGAUGCAGAACCAUUUAAACUAGUCUGUAAAGGGGACCAAGAGUAUGUCACAGACAACAAAAUUGACCAAGUGCUCAGAAGCAUAUUAAAUAUCUUGGUCAUAUUCAUUUGUUGUGCUUCUUUACUCUUGUGCAGUAGAGCUAUUUACAGGGCACAGCUUCUCAAAGAAUUAACUGUUCAGUUCUUUCAAAGAGCUUACAACAGAGAUUUGAGCAUGACUGGUCGUUUGGAAUUCUUAAAUAUAUGGUAUAUAAUGAUAAUCGCAAAUGAUAUACUCAUCAUUAUGGGUUCAGCUAUAAAAGAGCAAAUUGAGCGCAAUCAGUUUACAAAUGAUCAAUGGAAUGUGUGCUCAUUGUUUCUAGGAACAGGCAAUCUACUGGUAUGGUUUGGAGUAUUGAGAUACCUAGGAUUCUUCAAGACCUACAAUGUUGUCAUACUCACACUUAAGAAAGCUGCACCAAAGAUAUUCAGAUUCUCUGUAUGUGCAUUGUUGUUGUACGCAGGAUUCACAUUUUGUGGCUGGUUGAUAUUGGGACCAUAUCAUAUGAAGUUCCGUUCUUUAUCAACGACUUCUGAAUGCCUCUUCUCACUCAUUAAUGGAGAUGACAUGUUUGCUACAUUUUCAAUAAUGUCUAAGAAAUCACCAAUGCUUUGGUGGUUUAGCAGGGUAUAUUUGUAUUCUUUCAUCAGUUUGUACAUAUAUGUGGUACUCAGUUUGUUUAUUUCUGUUAUUAUGGAUGCAUAUGAUACUAUAAAGCAGUAUUACAAAGAUGGUUUUCCAAAAAGUGAUUUACAGCAAUUUAUUGGUGAGACCAACUAUGAAGAGGUCUCUUCGGGGUUAUACCGGGUACAAAGUUCGUCAUCCCUCAAUGCUAUAAUGAAUUCUCUCUUUUGUUGUAAUCUAUACAGAAGAGCAUAUUCAAAAAUAGGAGGAGGGAUAUCAAAUCCCACAAAUCAAAAUGCAUGAUCUCAAUGUUGCAUAAAUGGGUAGAUUAAUUAAUUAUGUUAGUUUGAAUGUUAUUCAUGCUUUAUCUGAUAAGUAUUGUUAUUAUCGUAUACUCAUAUUUAUCCUUAUCUCUCCUGAAGGACUUUUGUGUGCAGCUUCUAGACAGCUGCUCUUAUGAUGUUCUGUUAUUUUAUAACAAUAUACUUAUUGCGGUGAUAAAAAUCAUGAUCAAAAUGUUUUUUCUAGUUGAG